GGAGUAACUCUCCAAGCUGGUCUCUGCGCGUGGACGCUGGGAUGCGCUCUCCGAUUCCCAACCCACUGACAGUCGGUUGACCCGGGGUCCUAGGUGAGAGGGACUGGUGCACCGAACGGAGCUGGAUGAGGGGUCCUACUUCCUUUUUAUCUUCGACUGGAAAAGAGUGUCCACAAGGGCACCAGGAAGAAGCGCCAAAGGGUCCUGAGGCCCGAAGAACGGAGAGGCUAGGACGACCUGGACCUGCCCUGCCCCUUUCCCCCGGCACGCAGUGCUGGCUUUUGCUUCUCUACCCGCCCUUGUCCACGCCGAGCUAACGGACCCUGCUUCGUCAGCUGCCGGCAGCCUCGGAUCCGACGCGCCAUGGAAACCGCUAACCUCUCAGUGGUCACCACUGGCGUUGCCCUUCCGCUGGGACCUGAGACCUGCAACAGUAGCCCACACCCGGGCAAGAUCGAAGGGUCCACCCCGAGUGGUGAGAUCCAGCCCGCCCCGGAGCCUCCCGUCUCUGUCUUCACAGUGCUGGUGGUAACGCUGCUGGUGCUGCUGAUCGCGGCCACUUUCCUGUGGAACCUGCUGGUUCUGGUCACCAUCCUGCGCGUCCGCACCUUCCAUCGCGUGCCGCACAACUUGGUGGCCUCGACGGCCGUAUCGGACGUGCUGGUGGCAGCCCUGGGGAUGCCGCUAAGCUUAGUGAGCGAGCUGUCUGCCGGGCGACUAUAUAUUUAUAUAUUUAUUGGUGAGAGUUUAUUUCACUCUCACCUAAAGCUCAAUGUGGAGCUGGAACUAAAGUUCAAUGUGGAGCUGGAACUAAAGUUCAAUGUGGAGCUGGUGGCCUUCCUAAGUGAGUUGCUAAGUCCAACCACACUUGAAGGGGAACGGGGCUCCAAUUUUGAGAUAAUUGCCAUUCAACUUGUGGACAUGUUGAAGCACCAGAAGCUGUUGCCAGGCAGUGUCCUGGGAAGACAGUCCUUGCCUUCGUUCAGCUUGGCCCGGAGGGAGCUAGACAUCACACACAUCACUUCAAAAAAGGAAAACGUGGCACCAAACCAAGGAGCCAUCAUUGAAUUUAGAGGAUUAGGGUGGGUCACUCUCAAAGGGCUGGUGGUCUUUAAGUUGAAACCCAAAACAAUGGCCGAGAGUUCCUGCUGCUCCACAUCCUUUCCAGUAUUUGGUAUUGUCAUUGUUCCAGAUUCUGAUCAUUCUCAUAGGUGUGUAGUGGUGAAAGAAGCACCUCAUGAGGCUGAGAUGGUGUUCACAGCACGUUGCAGAGGAACAGUGGCCUUCCAAGCAAGCGGAGACUUGUGGCGGGAGCAGAAAGAGAAGCGAGCAGCCAUGAUGGUGGGGAUUCUGAUCGGUGUAUUUGUGCUGUGCUGGAUUCCCUUCUUCCUGACGGAGCUUAUCAGCCCCCUCUGCUCCUACAGCCUGCCCCCUAUCUGGAAAAGCAUAUUUCUAUGGCUUGGCUACUCCAAUUCUUUCUUCAAUCCUCUGAUUUACACAGCUUUUAACAAGAACUAUAAUAAUGCCUUCAAGAGUCUCUUUAUGAAGCAGAGAUAAACGCAGUGGUUGGACAGACAUAUGGAUAGAAUUGUGAGGAGGGACACAACUUGCAUGUCUGUCUAAUCUAGGAUACUUCUCUCUGUAGCUGAGUACUGCUGAUGUUCUGAGAGUGGUACUAUUGGCCAUAGACAGCAAAACAGCAGUGCCAUAGGUUCUCAAGAAAGACAAUAUGUAGCAAAUAUGCAACUAUGUCUUUUCUCACACAUGGCAGGCAUUGCUAAUUGAUCAUGGCACAUUUCUCCACUGAGCAGGAACCUGCCUCAGCAUCCUUUUCAGGAUGGUACUUUACACAGCUAGUGCUAGCUAAAAUUGACAUAACGACUGACGCUGGUUUGUUUCCUUUGUCUACUACCAUAUCCUCAGAGAGGAUCUCUUAGCACAUGGUCCCAGUGAUCUGUUUUAUGGCCUAGUCAGGACUGUGAAGAAGCUCUCUCCCUUACCCUUUGUUCACCCAACGGAGUUUAUCCUUCUAACCCUCUUACACUUCCCCGACAGGGCACUGUAUCCCAAUUUAUGAGAAGAUAAGCUUGCCUGAAGUUCCCUAGAUGAUUUUUUUUUUCAUCAGUGAGAGAUGCUUCUGGAUGUUUAGACUGCUCUUUAGGCCAAUUAAAUUGGCAUCCAUUCCAGUCAAUGAGAACUGCUCAGUUUUUCUUUUUAAAAAUUUUAUGUUUAUUUAUUUCUUAAAUGAGAGAAACACACGGUAACAGAGAGAUAGCACUCCCAAGAGGGUCCUGAUGUCAUGACUCAUCUCCAGUUUUUGUCAGCCCCAGAUCAUGGGCACGCGUGUGCCCAGGUUACUAAGAAGAGUCUCCAGAUGCAAACCCAGAACCUUCCUAUGCGGGUCUGCCUUGCAGAACUUUGCAUUUCAGCACUGUGCUACCAUUCU